AAUGGGUAUACCUAACCAGGCCUUCAGGCUUCAUACCAACUGUACGACUACGUGAAGUGACCUCAGAGAAGCUGGACGUUUGCUGAGAUGCCGUUAUUCUUCAACCACUGACCGCAGCUUCUGACGCUGCGGUUCUCUGAUCGGACUCAUACGCUAUGUCGAGCCGCCCAACCAGGGCGUUGGGCGGAGGCCGUAUACUGGGAAGCGGCAAGUCCCUAUCACCAGCUGUGUCUCCCAUCCCUCCAAAUCACCACAAACGCAACGCGAGCCUGCUUUCGCCUUCAGAGAGCUCUCUAUCCCUAAGCUCCCAGACGUCCAUAUCUCCAACUCCAACCUUUGCACAAGAUAUUACUUCAAAUGUGUCCCUCGAGAACCCAAAUCAUGCUGCAGCCGCGGCUGCAAGCUCCAGGCUCGUUUGUCCCAUAUGCAAUGAGGACAUGGUGUGUCAAAUUCGGAGGAAACCAAUAGAAUGAAGAAUGUGUACUAAUUCUCUCAACAGGUUACUCUGCUUCAAUUAAACAGGUGCGACCUUUCCUAGGUUCGGAUCAUUCUUUCUUCCC